UUUGUCUUUUUGUUUUAAUGGACGUCUCCGAAGGCCACCAUCAUCCCGUCGGCCGACCCAGCUGAGUCGCCUUGAUACCUUUAAAUUUCGCCAACUAUUUUACACAACUCAUAUAUGGAUUCGACGAUACGAUGGCAAACAUCGCCGUACAAAGAAUAAAGCGCGAAUUCAAGGAGGUUGUCAAGAGCGAAGAGGUUGCCAAGUGUGCCAUCAAGGUCGAGCUGGUCAAUGACAACUACACGGAGCUGCGGGGAGAGAUUGCGGGCCCUCCGGACACGCCUUACGAAGGCGGAACCUUUGUGCUCGAGAUCCACGUUCCGGAGACGUACCCUUUCAACCCGCCCAAGGUGCGCUUCAUCACGAAGAUAUGGCACCCCAACAUCAGUUCGGUGACGGGAGCAAUCUGCCUCGACAUCCUGAAGGACCAGUGGGCGGCGGCCAUGACGCUGCGCACGGUGCUGCUGUCCUUGCAAGCGCUGCUGGCGGCAGCUGAACCAGACGAUCCCCAGGACGCGGUCGUGGCCCGGCAGUUCAAGGAGAACCCAGAGAUGUUCAAGCUCACCGCUCAACACUGGGCACAGGUCUACGCCGGAGGUCCAAAGCACUUUCCAGAGUUUGAUGCAAAGAUCAAGAGGCUCCUUGACAUGGGAGUUGAAGAGCACCGUGCACGGGUUGCCCUGUCUUCGUACUCAUGGGACCUAGAGAAGGCUACAGAAGCCAUCUUCAGCUAGGACUAGAUGAAAGAAAGAAAAGAAGAAAAGAGACCUACUUGGAUUGUCUCCUACGCCUUUCUCUCCUUUUUAAUUUGAUGCAACCGUCUGGGACCCUUUUUCAACCCUCAUUUCAAAUCACUUUGCCACGAAGGAAAGUUCCUCCCGUUCCGGUUCGCCGGGCCGAAACCAUUCGUUGACGUGGGAAACAACGUCUUGGUCGUUUUUAAUGACCCUUUCGAUCGUCGUCAACCUUCUUCCGGUUUCGAUCGGCUCAAAGCACUCGCCAUCUUAGGUUACAGGCGGGCCGACGGGUUUUCACGGUACGUUAUAUAUGAUUGUGUCCGAGCUGUAGCCGUAAGCGUUGUUGCGAGUUGGGUUUAGCGGGCGACGCGUACGUGCCCCGAGCCUCCUCCGCAUUCGGCCCGAGAGCGUCGGUAUACAGAGCUUGUGAUUGGACCUCGAGAAAUCGGCCGGCCCCCUUCUUUUUGAAGCUGUGCGUUUGCCUGAGAGUUUUCAGAGGUUCUAUUUUUCUAUCGACACACUUUGGAGAUGCCUUUCUUUGCCUGGUUUCCUAUGUUGUUGUGACUGAUCAUUAAAGAUGUGCUUUUGAACAAAA